GGAUCAAUGGCAAAGGGUAGAGAGAGUGGGACGUAUAGGAGGGUGUGUAUAGUAGCAGUCGGGUAGCUGUGGCGGCAAGUUGUGCAGUGGUUGACGAGCGUUCCUGGAAGAAAGCUGAAAAGCCCGGGCGCUGCUUGAACCACAGCCGCUGCGCGUGUGUCGGAGUCUGCAUCGAGGAUUGCGUGUGGAAGUUGCAGCCUCGUUACUUGACGUCUGUUCAACGAUGUUGGCAACAAAACAAAUGAAAGUGGACCGGUGUCCUACAGAGGAGAUUUCCCUCUCCAACUGUGCAGCUGUAAACCCAGUGGAUUACUCGGAAGACAAAGUUCGGCAUGUUGAAGUGACAACAACAAACCACAAGUUUGUAUUCACUAUCAAGACAUCAGACAAGGUCAGGCCAGGCACCAUGGGCUUCAGCUUGCCUAUGAGAAAAUGGGCGGAGCUUUCUGUCAGCCAGAUGGUUGAUGUGCGCCCAUAUCUAUUUGACCCAAACACUCAAUACAUUGCAAAAAUUACGCUUGAAGCUGACUUCCUUGAAAAGAAAAACACCACAAAGGAUCCAUAUGACACGGAUAAGAUGUCCAUGGACUUUGUGCAGCAGUUUCCAAAACAGGCUUUCACAGUCGGUCAAAUGCUGGCCUACCAGUUUUCUGAUAAAAAGCUGUUGAAACUUGUCGUUAAAGAAAUGGAAGUUGCAAGCUUGGAAUAUCUGAAAGGCGAUGUCUCCAAGCCUCAAUCAAAGCCUAAGACUACCCAGAUUGGGUUGCUGCUGCCAGAUGCUGGUGUUGUGUUCGAAAAGGCUGAGGGUUCUACAUUGAGCCUUACUGGACAUGCAAAAGGGAAAAUGGUUCGUCAGUCUAUCAUCAAUCCUGACUGGGAUUUUAAUAAAAUGGGCAUUGGAGGCUUGGACAAAGAGUUCAGUGCUAUAUUCAGAAGAGCAUUUGCCUCAAGAGUGUUUCCACCUGAAGUUAUUGAACAGCUUGACCUGAAGCAUGUCCGUGGCAUCCUUUUGUAUGGACCACCUGGUACUGGAAAGACGUUGAUGGCUCGUCAGAUUGGUAAAAUGCUGAAUGGACGAGAACCGAAGAUAGUAAAUGGACCUCAGAUAUUGAACAAAUAUGUUGGCGAGUCUGAAGCAAACAUUCGGCGUCUUUUUGAAGAUGCAGAGGAGGAAGAAAAAAAAUUAGGGGCCAACAGUGGUCUUCACAUUAUAAUUUUCGAUGAAAUCGACGCAAUAUGCAAGCAGCGAGGCUCUGUGGCUGGAAACACAGGUGUUCAUGACACUGUAGUGAACCAGCUGCUGUCCAAAAUAGAUGGUGUGGAAUCAUUGAACAACAUUCUGGUGAUUGGUAUGACCAAUCGUCGAGACAUGAUAGACGAGGCACUGACACGACCAGGUCGUCUUGAGGUGCAAAUGGAGAUUGGACUCCCCGAUGAACAUGGUCGGCUCCAGAUUCUGAAUAUCCACACAGCACAGAUGCGUAAUCAUCGCAAGAUGGCUCCUGAUGUGGACUUGGAUGAGCUGGCUGUCCUUACUAAAAACUUUUCGGGUGCUGAGCUAGAAGGCUUAGUGCGUGCAGCACAGUCAACUGCUAUGAACCGCCUCAUCAAGGCAGGAAGCAAAGUUGAACUUGAUCCAGAAGCCGCAGAGAAGCUUCUUGUUACUCGAGCCGACUUCAUGAAUGCACUGGAGAAUGAUGUAAAGCCGGCAUUCGGAACCAGUACUGAAGAGAUUGAACAGCUGGUGUGCAAAGGUGUUACCACAUGGGGACCAAAGAUAAGUGCCAUACUGGAAGAUGGAGAUUUGUUCAUCCAGCAGGCACGAUCUCCAGAGUCGAGAGGUCUGGUCACAAUCCUUCUCGAAGGUGCACCCAAUUCUGGCAAAACUGCACUGGCGGCGAAAAUCGCGCUGCGGUCAGAGUUUCCAUUUAUAAAGCUCUGUGGUCCUGAUGGAAUGGUGGGUUACACAGAGACUGCUAAAUGCCAGCUUAUCAAGAAGGUGUUUGAUGAUGCCUACAAGUCUCAGCAAAGCUGCAUAUUGGUAGACAACAUUGAACGCUUAUUGGAUUACGGCCCCAUUGGACCAAGAUAUUCAAACCUGGUGCUGCAAGCACUUCUGGUUCUUCUGCAGAGGGAUCCUCCAAAGGGCCGCAAGCUGCUCGUCCUUUGCACGAGCAGCCUGAAGGGAGUGCUGGAUGAGAUGGGUCUCAGCCCUUCAUUCACAGCUAUUCUGCGGGUGCCAAACCUGUCCCUGCCCCAGCAUGUCCUGGCUGUACUUGAGGAUGUUGACUGCUUCUCAAAGGCCGAGCUUGACCAGAUUGCCAAGCAUCUGGGAGGACGCAGGAUCUGGAUAGGAGUCAAGAAGCUCCUGGCAUAUGUAGACAUGGCUCGUCAGACCACUUCCCAAUACAGAGUUACCAAGUUCAUCUGCAAGCUUGAAGAAGAAGGAGCACUUGAGCUCAAGUGAAGCAUUGCUUGUUCCAAGUGGUCGACGGACACCGCGCUGUGUCACCUCUAUGCAGCUCGCCUCACUCCAGCUUACCCAGCUGCAUGUCCUCAUCUGGUGGCAGCCAGCUAAUUUUGCUCUUUUUUGCUGUGUCCACCUCUUAAUUCCUAAGACGUGCAUUAUCCUUCCACAUUGCUUUAAUAUAUCUUUACGUAUGCAAGUUACAAAUUUAAAUUCAAAAAUAUAUAUAGAUAAUCAAUACAGAUAAAGGUGAUUUUGCUACAGAUGUUGUGAUAUUAUUCUUGCACGAAAAAAGAGGAUGUCAUUACUUUAUUUAUGGUAAGCACUUGAAGCAGUAAUUGCUUCAUCUUUCUUUUUUUUUAGAAUUUUCUAUUCAAUUCCCCUGAUUUGUCUUCUAGGAAGUUUGCACGUCUUGUGGGCAGUAAGAACUUUAUUGCCGAAAGGUAGUUUCUCACCAUUGCCACCUCUUUUUUGUAUUAUGGUAGACAAGGGAGAAAAAAAAAAGUUCUUCCUAUGACUAUGUAUUCUAUCUUGAGUCCAGACAUCUGCUUUGACAAACCAACCUUUUAUGGUGAUUUUGAGGGAUUUUUCUUUUCAUAAAGGGUGUGAGCUCAUAAGACUUCCAUUUUAACUACUUUCACAAGACAUUGUGUACCUGUAUGUGUAUGAAGCCUUUUUUUUAAUAGUGUUGGUAAAUAUUUAACUGUGUUGUAAUUUUGGAAGUUGUUUUGAACGUAAUGUUCCGUUGUCUGUGCUGCACGGUUUAUAUUCGCGAUUGAAACUGUCCUGACGCACUGGCUGUCACAUUGACAAGUUAUGAAGUCAAACUUCAGUAUGUUGAACCUCAAGCAAAUCAGAGUAAUAUAGCAUAAUAAAAAGUUAGUGUAUAUCAUUAUGAGCAAAUAUAGUAUCUCAAUUGCCAUUCCAAUGUGAGGGGCUGCAGUGGCGGAACAUAAGAAUGUAGUGCAUGAAUGCUGAACAUGAGAGUGCUGCUCUCUGAUGUCAGUUUCAUGCACUUUGCCUUUUCAGUAUAGCCAUCGUAUUCUGAGUAAACCAGUUUGCUUGUGUACCCAUCGCCACUGCCAGUUGCCACCUAAAGGGGACAUUCAGAUCGAAACAGUGUUAUAAGGAAAAGUAGUUUAUUUGCCACAUACAGUUUCAAGCAGUUUUUGAUGAGGUACUUCACAUACUGUUAGGUCUGAACAUUUGGUACACCAAAUGCUGAGGGCUGAGCCCCUCUGAAAGAUAUUCACUACGAUGAAAAGCAAUCCCAGAUAUUGGAAACAGUGUCAUCACAAUAUAGCAUGGAGAUGUGGGAAAUGUGACAUAUCAGAAGUGUUGACAGAUAAUUUUAGAAGGCGCUGCAACAUUGCAGUUAUUAACAGCGUUACCACUUUUUGAUGUUGGCAAUAAUUAAAGAAAAGUGGUUUUCAUAUAAAUGUACUCGAACAUAUUUAUUUGCGAGUUGAAUGGAACUUCCCUCUGGAACAAAGUACAGUUCUUGAUAACUGUUCUUGUUUCAAAGUUAUUUAUUUGUUGUGAUGCUACUUUUGCAGAGGUAUUGAGGCUAGUUGUGAUGCUUAAAGCUAAGUACUUUUGUGUCAUUACAUUCCUGUUGUUUAUUCAUAUUAAAGCCAAAGUUCGGUAUGAUAUUGACGAGGAUUGCCACUUGUUCUUCUUGUGUGUCUAAGUUUUCUUCUGGAAAGUGCACACAGUUCUGUAUAUGUUUGUUUGCAAAAUUUUGCACUGCUAUUUUCAUUCAAAUAUGUCCUUUAUUAACAGUUCAGCAAUUUCGAUUGUCUAAUUUAAAGGAAAUACUUGUGCAAAAUACUUUACUGCUGAGCACAUGCAAACUUAAGCAUCAGAAGUGCAGGAUGGCAAAAUAGUGCAAUGAAUGUAGAACCUGACAAUUUGUAAGGGCAUUUUCGCCCCUUAGUUCUAAUGCCUGUAUGCUACUAUAAUGAUAUCGAAACUGGUGGCUGCUUCACAUUCAGCACUUUUUAGCACUCCUUGCUUCAGGUGCUUUUUACCUACAGGCUUUUGGUCAUAUUCAGGCAUGUGCAUGUAUAAAUUGUGUGGUUUCGGAUUACUAAGUUCCUCCUUUUAGUGGGAAGAUAGCAUUCUCUUUCAGAGUGACAGCCCUAACUUUGAGCUACAUUCUCACAGGCCAUGAGUAUGUCACCUAAGCAAAAUCAUUAUUGCCAGGUUCGAGUGUGUACUAAGUGUUCCUUCACAACUGUACACAAUCAUUUCUUCUUGGUGAUACAAAGUGCUGAAACUAGCUUUGAAAUGCCUUGCCUAAUAAAACAUCGUCUGUUACAUUGUUGGCAUCAAAGGUUUCGCAUCAUUAUAACAACCCUUCUUUUAUGUUGCCUUAGUAAACCCAGUUUUCACUUGCUCUAGUCCUUGUGAAGUAUGAAGUUUCUUCAUUCAUAUAGCAAAACAGAAUUCCGCACCUUUGUUAUAUUUUACAGAAGUGUCCCAGUAGUAUACAACAGGUGCCUUUUACGUAAGUAGAGUUGCAGCACCUUGUUAACAAAGUGUCUGGAACAUUAACAGAAAAUGGGCUGCCAUACCCUUUUGUCAUCCUUUCGUUUCUGCUACAUUAGGCCACUAGUGGCUCUUGCUGCUGCAACUUUCAGAACACAGGGCAGGCAGUUCCUAAAAAACAUUAUGGAUAAUAUUGGAUAAUAUGCUUGUUUAGCAAGCACUCAUGCUGAAAUAAGGCAGAUGCAGUUCAUGUAGACAAUGUUGUUGGUAGUAUACUCUUAGUGCAAGGCAGGGCAGCUACAGAGAGCUAUCCGAUUCCAAGCAUAUUACCGGUCUUAAGAGGUGUUGGCUAUUGUGCAAGUACAUUACGGAAGUUGGAGGAAAGAAUUUUGUAUCUUUGCCCGACAUUGUGUUCAACUUGAGCAGGAUAACGGCGAUUUUUUUUCUUAAGUUAUCCAGAUGGUUAUUCUGCAAGCUCCUUUUGCCCCUUUUUCUUUAUCCAAAUACAUUUGUUUAACAAACUUCUUGUUCUGUGUGUGCUAUGUAAUUAUAAAACCAUUCUACCAAUUAUGCAGUUAUGUUUGAUUGUUCAUAUGUGAAAGAAAAUAACUGGAAAGGGAAGCUGCUGCUAAGUGAAGUUCACUUUCACACUUUAUGUUGUUGCUGAGCUGUUUGUAGACUAGCCUGACAAGAAUAAGAUGAUGUUAGUAUGUUCAUAGAUCAGUUUUUUUCAGGGUUCACUUCUUAAUGAACCUGUUAUGCUACAUGUAAUUCAAACAUGUUUAUACAUGAAACCUACUUGCUCAUUUAUCUUCUGUAAUGUUCAUGUUUACUUGAGUGCAACAAGGGUAAAAUUGCUUUGAGCAAACUGUACUUUUUUUUAAUAGUACAGCUUUCCUAGUGCCCAAUUUUUCUGUCUUGCUAGAAUAAAGUGCUCUACAGUCAUGCUACUACUUCCUUCAGCAGAAUGUUGCUGCAUAGAGCUCUGAAAUGCUAGCAUUGUUAGUAUGUGAAGGACAUUCAAUUGUGAUUCUGGUGUUUGUCAAUAGCAGCUUCUUGUAGUUGCAUAGCUAGUUCUCAAAUCUUAUUGUCACUGUGCCUCUGUCUCAGUAGCAGCAAAUGUUUGCAGAAGAGUUCCCAUGUAAGGCAUGCUGCAUAUUGUUGUCCUUGUAGGUCUUUCAUUACUGCAGUAGCUGUUUAUCAACCUUCUAUUCUUGUUGUCGCUUGCAGAAAAGCUGUUGGCCUUGCUCUAUUAUUUCCUUAUGCACAUUGUAAAUCGUGGUCAGACAGCAAAAUCGAAUUAGAGAACUUAAGGCUGUCAGUUGACCACAUGUUUCUGCUUUUAGUUAGCGUUUAGAAGUCUGUCACAUACUCUUGUUAAAAACUGUUGGCAGUAAAUACAAUGUUGCUGAGGAUGUGUA